AUGUCGCAAACUGCCCAGCAUGAACGCCCAGAGCCAGCUGAGGAGCUGCAAGGAAUCGAGCUAGGCGAGGUCCCGACAAGUGGAACUGGAGUCAGUGUGGCCUUCCCAGAAGGUGGCCCCCAGGCAUGGAAAUGUUUGCUGGGAUCUUUUCUGUUAAUGUUCCCCUCCUUUGGCUUUCAGACUGCUGUCGGUUCCGUUCAGGACUAUAUCAGCGUGAACCAACUUGCCGACUACAGCAUUCGCGACGUCGGCUGGAUCACUGCCAUCCUAGUAUUCUUGACCUUAUUCCUGGGUGUCCAGGUGGGCCCAUUAUUUGAUCGAUAUGGUCCCCGGGUCCUCCUCAUCUGCGGCACGACAGCCAGCUUCGCCUCGUAUGUCCUGCUCGCGGUAUGCACUGAAUACUGGCAUUUCAUCCUCUGCUUGUCUGUCCUUGGAGGCGUCGCUGCAGCGGUUGUAACAACCGUCUCAAUUGCCGUUCUCAGUCACUGGUUCAAUCGUCGACGCGCACUAGCUUCUGGCCUCUGCAUGGGAGGGUCUUCAGCCGGCGGCGCAAUCAUCCCAAUCAUCCUGCACAACCUGUUCCCACGGUACGGCUGGAAAUGGUCGAUCCGCGUAUUCGCCUUUAUAGCACUCGCCUGCUACGUAGCAGGCGCCAUCCUAGUGCAAGGCAGAAUAACACCAACCACUACUACCAGCAGCAGCGGGAGCAAAGCAACAAUCGACUUCCGCGCCUUCCGCUCCCUCCGCCUCUGCUUCCUCACCAUCGCAGUCUUCUCCUUCGAGUUUAUCAUCUUCGGCUGUGCCGCCCUCUUACCAACCUACGUGCGUUUCGCGAGCUUCUCCACAACCGUGCAAUUCUACUCCCUCACCGUCCUCAACAGCAUGAGUUUCCUCGGCCGCGUCAUCCCAGGCUUAGCCGCUGACAAAGUCGGCCGGUUCAACGUGCUUCUCUGCUCCGUGGUUCUCACGCUAAUCAUAAUGGCAGCCGUGUGGCUUCCCUUCGGGUCGCGCGAUGAAGCAACCCUCUACGCCGUCGUUGCGGUCUUCGGUCUCGGUUCGGGCGGAUGGUUAUCGUUAGCACCGGUUUGCGCGGGCCAGUUGUGCCGCACGGAGGAGUAUGGGCGAUACUAUGGGACGAUCUACUUUAUUGCGGCGUUUGGGGUGCUACUUACUGUUCCUGUUGGUGGUGAUUUGUUGCAGUCAACGACCCCGCAGGUGCUUAUUGGGUUUUAUUCGGCUGUGUUGUUGGGUGGAUGUGUGGCUUUGGCAUUGUCGAGGUGGGCGCUUUUGGAUUGGAAGUGGAAGUGGAAGGUUAAGGUGUAG